AUGCUCCCUGCAUUUCAUGCCCAAUCUGGUUUUCUUUCAGUGGAUGGCUGCAUUGACUGGUCAGUGGAUCUCAAGACAUAUAUGGCUUUGGCAGGAGAACCAGUACGAGUGAAAUGUGCCCUUUUCUACAGUUAUAUUCGUACCAACUAUAGCAUGGCCCAGAGCACUGGGCUCAGGCUUAUGUGGUACAAAAACAAAGGUGAUUUGGAAGAGCCCAUCAUCUUUUCAGAGGUCAGGAUGAGCAAAGAAGAAGAUUCAAUAUGGUUUCACUCAGCUGAGGCACAAGACAGUGGAUUCUACACUUGUGUUUUAAGAAACUCGACGUAUUGCAUGAAGGUGUCAAUGUCCUUGACUGUUGCAGAGAAUGAAUCAGGCCUGUGCUACAAUAGCAGAAUACGCUAUUUAGAAAAAUCUGAAGUCACUAAAAGAAAGGAGAUCUCCUGCCCAGACAUGGAUGACUUUAAAAAGUCCGAUCAGGAGCCUGAUGUUGUGUGGUACAAGGAAUGUAAGCCCAAAAUGUGGAGAAGUAUAAUAAUACAGAAGGGAAAUGCUCUGCUAAUCCAAGAAGUUCAAGAAGAAGAUGGAGGAAAUUACACUUGCGAACUUAAAUAUGAAGGAAAACUUGUAAGACGAACAACUGAAUUGAAGGUUACAGCUUUACUCACAGACAAACCUCCCAAGCCAUUGUUCCCCAUGGAGAAUAAGCCAAGUGUUAUAGAUGUCCAGCUGGGUAAACCUCUGAACAUCCCUUGCAAAGCAUUCUUUGGAUUCAGUGGAGAGUCCGGACCAAUGAUCUACUGGAUGAAAGGGGAGAAGUUUAUUGAAGAACUAGCAGGUCACAUUAGAGAAGGUGAAAUAAGGCUCCUCAAAGAGCAUCUUGGAGAAAAAGAAGUGGAAUUGACACUCAUCUUUGAUUCAGUGGUGGAGGCUGACCUGGCAAAUUAUACCUGCCAUGUGGAAAACCGAAAUGGACGGAAACAUGCCAGUGUUCUGCUGCGUAAAAAGGAUUUAAUCUACAAAAUUGAACUUGCAGGAGGUCUGGGAGCAAUCUUCCUCCUCCUUGUACUUCUUGUGAUCAUCUACAAAUGCUACAAUAUUGAACUGAUGCUCUUCUACCGACAGCAUUUUGGAGGUGAUGAAACUACCAAUGACAACAAGGAAUAUGAUGCCUAUCUGUCUUACACAAAAGUGGACCAAGAUACUUUAGAGUGUGACAAUCCUGAAGAAGAGCAGUUUGCUCUUGAAAUACUGCCAGAUGUCCUGGAAAAACACUAUGGAUAUAAACUCUUCAUCCCAGAAAGGGACCUGAUUCCAAGUGGAACAUACAUUGAAGAUCUCACAAGAUGUGUUGAGCAAAGCAGAAGACUUAUUAUCCUGCUAACUCCAGACUAUAUUCUCAGACGAGGAUGGAGUAUUUUUGAGUUGGAAAGCAGACUCCAUAACAUGCUAGUCAGUGGAGAAAUCAAAGUGAUUCUGAUUGAGUGUACAGAAUUAAAAGAAAAGGUGAAUUGCCAGGAAGUGGAAUCACUAAAGCGCAACAUUAAACUUUUGUCCUUGAUCAAGUGGAAGGGACCCAAAAGCAGCAAAUUAAAUUCUAAGUUUUGGAAGCAAUUAGUAUAUGAAAUGCCCAUCAAGAAAAAAGAAAUGCUUUCUCGGUGCCAUGUUCUGGACUCUGCAGAGCAAGGACUUUUUGGAGAACUCCAGCCUAUUCCCUCUAUUGCCAUGACCAGUACCUCGGCUUCUCUGGUGUCAUCUCAAGCUGAUCUCCCUGAUUUCCACCAUUCAGAUUCAAUGCAAAUGAGACACUGUUGCAGAGGUUAUAAACACGAGAUGCCAACCACCACCUUGCCAGUACCUUCCUUAGGCAACCACCACACUUAUUGCAACCUGCCUCUGGCACUACUCAAUGGACAGCUACCCCUUAAGAAUACCCUGAAAGAUACCCAAGAAUUUCAUAGGAACAGUUCCCUGCUACCUUUAUCAUCCAAAGAGCUUAGCUUUACCAGUGAUAUUUGGUAGUAAAAACGCUGAAGUCCUCUGAACAGCUAAUGUGAGCACACAAUUUCUGCUUUGCCAAGCAUAAAGUACACCUAAUAACAUUGAGGUGCUGAAUAAGUGUUCAAAGUAAAAGGCACAGAAUCCCUUUUGUACUUAAAAUUUUUGUUUACAUUUCCAGAAUAGUGGGGGGUGGGGAGAGGAAGGACCUGCUUUUGUAGUAUAGUACCUUGUUUCAAUGAGUGGUUUUGAUUUCUUCCUGAAAGUAAAAAGUUAAAUAUCCUUUUCUUUAAGAGUAGGUUUUUUUUAACAACUUUUGGACUGAAAACUUAGAUGAGGUAUCUUCCACAUAUUUAUAAGUAUUUCAGUAUUUACAUGGCUUUUGAAAUAAGAAAAACUUAAAGACUUGAAUUGAAUUUGAAAAUUCAGAACUAAGUUUAAGCAGAAAAGAGAACUUCUACAGAAUAACUAAAAAAUCGGGAGUUAUCAAGAAAGAAGUGUUGAAGCACCCCAAUUAAGAAGAUUCUUUGUAGAAGAAGAUCAGUUAAGAAAAAAUGUGAUUGAAAUGUUUAGAACUUCUUCAAUGUACUGGGCAACUUCUCUAGACUAAAUCAAUAGCUCAUAAUGACAGCUUAUAGUUGUAUAGGGAGCACAUCUUCUGUAAGCAAACUGGUGGGUAGGCAAACAAUAAGCAUUUCUUAAGCAAAUGAAUCGAGAGGCGGCUAGUUCUUUGAAGAUGAUUUUAAAGAACUUGUAUGGCUUUCUAGCCUAUGUCAAGUUUUACAAAUUUGAAAACACCUUUUAAGAUGCGUAUUUUAUUGUUUGCUAAUAAUUCACAUUUGGAUUUUUUUUCCAAAUGAUCUCUUGACCUACUUUUUAACAGCAUCACUGGAGUUUCAAUUUAAAUCAAUAUUGACUGCAAGUGUCAGCAGCAGAAAAGAAGUAAAACAACAAUACCAACAGAUGAAGUGCAAAAUUAUUCACGUUUACUAGUGGUAGAGCAGCAAUUGCAGUGAUUCUCAUCUGAAAUGUGGUUGUGAAACAGACUAUUCUGCACAUACACAAUAUCUUCUUCGCCAUGUGUGCACGGUUCCUGCAGAAGUAUCUCUAUUCCUGGUGCUUCAAAGAGUAUAUUUUAUAGACUAAACUUUUCCACCUUCACAUUAUGACUGUGACUGUACCACACCAGAAAAUCCCUGUAAAUGAUCUAAAAUAUUAUGAAUUUACUGUAAGGAUUGUACCCCUAUUCUAGUAUUUAUUGUGAAUUACUACAUUGUGUUAUUUCCAAUUACUCAGUUUGGGUGUGUUCUCUACCAGGAUGACUGAGGGGGGCAAUUUUUUAUCAAGGUUGAAUCUGAUACCUUGCAGAUGGUUCAUAAAUCAUGUUUUUGGACAAAUAUAUAUAAGAAAAGAUGUACACAAUGUGUAAAAAUUAAGAAUUUGCCCAACCCUUGUAAAUGUGAGACUCAAACAUGUAAGAGAAUAAUAGAUAAUGUGUUUUGAUUAUUUCUUUCAACCUUUUUACAUUAUUAAUUCCCUGUGAUCCAUGAACGUUUUGUUUAAAGCACUUGUUUCUCCAUUGCUUUUCUAUAUCCAGCUGCUCAGAAAAUGCAUUAUGCUUCAACAAUAUGUAAAAGCUUAGCAGUGAUACAUGUUCAUUUCAUUCUGAGACAAUUAGUUGCUUCUUUGAAAAGUCCUGUUCAACACACAUAGAUAUUUCAUAGAUGUAUUGUUUCUACUGAGAAAGGUGAUUUUGCUUCUGUAAAAAAUAUAGGUAUUUCAAAUAUGGAAAUUUGUCAAUUCCAAACUGUUUUCCAAGUGUUAUAAAGUUGUAUUUACUCUUCAGUGUCCUUUAAUGAUAUGGGUAAUUACUAAGUUAAUAACCUGCAUGAAAUGAGUAGUAUAUAUGUUUAAGUGACCAAUUGUACUUCUUAUUAUUUUGUUUUUCACAGAAACCUAGAUUAAUUCAAAUAGAAUUUUCAGUGGUAUUUUUAAACUAAUACUUCUAUAUUGAGCAUGCCAGUUCUGAAAAUAUAACAUGGGUCUCUCUGCUUCCUUUAUUUACAAUGAUUAAAC